UUAGCGGGGCACCAAAGGGAAUUGCAUUGCACCAGCCAAGUUCAUUGCACCCAGGGGGAUCAUUGCAGCAGGGGAGUUCAUUGCACCAAGGGGAUUGCAGUGCAACAGGGCAUUUCCCAAGAAUGGGGGAGAAGAUAAAGCGCCACUUUGUUGAGGAUCGGGUGGUGGUGAUCGACCCUCUUCCCUUUACCUGGAGGGUGAAAGGGCCUGGACCUCACUACUGUCUGGAUAUGAAGAUGUCUCGACUCAAACAACUGGCGUUCGCCUUUGAAUUUGGAUCUGUGGACCCCAGGCAAUCGUUCCCAGUGACUGAAUUUCCUGCAAGGAUCGUUAAACUUGACAUCUCUUUAAAUGAGCUGGAAGAACUGCAACCUGAAGCGCUUUUUGCUUUUGAGAGUCUCUCUGAAUUGGAUGCAUCCCUCAACGCUUUAGGCGGCAUCCCGGGGAUUGGCGUUCUUCCCAACCUCACUGUAUUGAACCUCAGCUACAACGUGCUGAGCGACGUGAGAGAUUUAGGGAGCUGCACUCACCUGCUUGUCCUGAACUUGUCUCACAAUCAAGUGCGGACCCUCGAGCACAUGCCCCUCCUGAGUAACCUGACGCGGCUUCACUUAGGGUCCAACAAGCUGAGCUCCUUGGAAGGCGUGCAGAAUCUGCCCCAGCUCUGCGAACUCUACAUCCAGAGGAACCGGGUUUCCAGCCUGCUGCCCCUCUCCUCCUCCCUGGUCCUCAACAUACUGGAUGCUUCCAGCAACAAGAUUGCCUGCCUGCAGUAUACCCUGCAUGUGCUCAGGGGGCUUGGCAGACUGAGACACCUCAAACUUCAGGGCAACCCGCUGGCUCGGGAUAAUUGCUACGCCACUGCAAUCAAACAGGCCACGGCCGUGGAGACCCUGGACGAUGUGCUUCUUAGAGACCCGCCGCGCUGCUCCGCGCUGUCCUCGUUCAGUUGGGCCCUGCUCGGGGAAUCGGUGGCCGGUGUGAUGAACUCAAGCCAAACCAAGGAGGAUCUGAAAACAUCAGCGAGGAGGAUCUUCCUGGAGAGACUACAGCACAAGAGAGAUGACACAGAGAGCGCCGUCCAUCACCUCCACAGCAGAAUACUGGACCUGCGAGAAGAUUUGGCAGAAUAUGAAGACACUCUCAAAACAGAAAUGGACGGCUGUAUAAGAUACAUAGAUGCUCUCCCACCUAAGCAUUUCCAGGGGCUGACUAACCCUGACACGAUCCCGAAUGCCAUGGAGAAGUUCCUGUUCACCAAAUUCUGGCAGAGGUGGCAGCAAGGCCAAAGGAAACCAGCCAACCUUCCCUAUAAAGCACUGACCAAGCCAGAUGAGGUGCUUCAAGCCGCCGCUCAGCUCCUCUCAAACCCACCGCCCGGUGAUGCCGACGCUUGA